UAUGGUGACUGCCCCUAGUUGGUACGCCACAAAUGUAUGAUAAUUUGUUGGGAGAGAGAUACAGAACAUUCUUAUAAAGGAGAGAAAUCAAUUAAACAAUUGUCAGGAAAAAGCUAUGAGAGGCUCAAACUAUUCAUCAUCAUUGAGCUUUUUGCUUCGUACUAUUGUUCUUCUUCUCUUCUCUGUUUCAAACUUUGUCAGCAAUUCUGCUUCUCUUAUGCCUGACCUAUGUCAUCCGGAUGAGAGAGAUGUUCUUCUCCAGCUCAAGACGGAGUUCAAGAUUGUGAAGCCUUAUCAUUUCUAUGAUCGUUAUGGUUACUUGAUCACUUCUUACCCGAAGACGGAAUCAUGGGGGAACAGCAGCGCCGACUGUUGUAACUGGGAUGGUGUAACGUGUGAUAUCAAGUCCGGGAAGGUGAUUGGUCUCGACCUUAAACUAAGCUGUCUUUAUGGUCGGCUAGAAUCCAAUUCUAGUAUUUUCAGACUGAAACAUCUCACAAGUCUGAACCUUGCCUACAACAACUUCACUCUUUCUCCAAUCCCAGCUAAGUUCAAUAAUCUCAUAUUGUUAGAAACAUUAAACCUCUCUCAGUCUUCACUGGAAGGUCUUAUCCCAAGAGAAAUUCUCCAGCUCACCAAUCUGGUGUCUCUCGAUCUUUCUUCUUCUGAUUCACCAAGUUUGAUGCUGUCCAUUGAAAACCCACCAUUGUUUCUCCGUCUACUUGCUCAAAACCUGAAGAACCUUAGAGCCCUGGAUAUGAGCUCCGUAAACAUAUCUUCAGAAAUCCCUCACGAGUUUUCAAUCAUGCGCUCUCUAAGAUCUCUAAAUCUUAGGAGUUGCUAUCUGGUUGGAGAGUUUCCAAGCAGUGUUUUCAUGAUGCCAAACUUACAGUCCAUUAUAUUGGAUUGGAACACCGAGCUGAGAGGCGAACUUCCUGUUUUUCAGAGAAACAACUCUCUGCAAGUCUUACGUAUUUACGGAUCAUCCUUUUCAGGUAUCAUACCUGAGUCCAUCGGCAACCUUAAACAUUUAGUUUCUUUGACCCUUGCAGAAUCCAAUUUCUCUGGGAGGAUUCCAUCUUCACUUGGUGAACUUUCUAAUCUAUCAAGUCUCCGUCUUUCCGGAAAUCAUUUCACUGGUGAAGUCCCAUCUUCAAUUGGCAAUCUAAAACAGUUGAUCAGCUUUGAUGUUCACCGUAAUCAGUUCACCGGAAGCUUUCCAUCUGCACUACUCAACUUAACCAAACUACAUGAUAUAUAUCUCAGUGACAACCAGUUCACAGGUUCCCUCCCACCUAACAUUGGCCAACUCUCCAAAUUGGAAAUCCUUUCCGCAUCUGGUAAUUCUUUUACAGGAGCAGUUCCUUCAUCCUUGUAUCAAAUCUCUUCAUUGACCACAAUCUGGUUGGGGGGAAACCAACUCAGUGAUCUCGUUGGAUUCCACAAUAUCUCUCUGUUAUCUAAUUUACAAAUUCUCUCCCUUGGAUCUAACAAUUUCAGAGUCAGUAGUCCAUUGGACUUAAAUGUUUUCUCUUCUCUCAAACAGCUAGUAACACUGGAUCUUUCGGGUAUCCCUGUUUCAACAUCAAACAUCACCUCUAAUUCUGAUUUUUCAUCAAAUUUGGAGGAUUUGUACUUGUCAGGCUGCAACAUCACUGAGUUUCCUGAGUUCAUAAGAAACCUGAGAAAUCUUUCUUAUCUAGACAUUUCCAGAAACAGCAUCAAAGGUCAAGUACCAUACUGGUUAUGGAGUCUACAAGAGUUGCACAAUCUGGAUCUUUCUCACAACUCCUUAUCGGGUUUUGACGGAUCCUUAAAAGCUGUACCUGGAAGCAUGAUCUUUAGGUUAGAUCUAAGGUCAAAUGAUUUCCAGGGGGAAAUCUUCAUCCCAUCCACAUCUAUAAUCUUCUUUCUUGCUGCGAGCAAUAACUUCACGGGAGAGAUACCUCUAUCCUUAUGUGGAGGACAAUUCCGUAUCAUAGAUCUAUCAAACAACAACUUCCACGACUCAAUUCCGCGGUGUUUAGGGACUCAUAUAAGUUAUCUUCAAGAUCUAAAUCUUCGUAACAAUAGCCUCACUGGAAGUAUUCCUGACAUGUUCAAGCAUGCCUACAACUUAAUGACGAUUGAUGUCAGCCACAACCGAUUGGAGGGAAAACUUCCUUUAUCUCUUACCAGUUGUUCUGCUCUGCAAGUUCUGAAUGUGGAGAGCAACAAAAUCAGCGACACAUUUCCGUUCCAGUUGAGUUCCUUGCAGAAACUACAAGUUCUUGUCCUCCGAUCCAACAAUUUUCAUGGCAUGUUAUAUCAACCUGAUGGGGAUUGGUUCGGGUUUCCUCAGUUGAAAAUCAUUGAUGCGUCACAUAACGACUUCUUUGGUACCUUACCAUCUGAUUACUUCCUCAACUGGACUGCAAUAUCCUCGAAUGAAGAUAAAGAUACACAAGCGCACUACAUUGGGAAUCCUAUUGUCUAUAACUACUACACUUCCCUUGUCUUGAUGAAUAAAGGAGUAUCAAUGGAAAUGGAACGUAUCCUCACCGUCUACACAGCAAUUGAUUUUUCUGGAAACAGAAUCCAUGGACAAGUCCCUGAAUCCAUCGGUCUGUUGAAGGAACUCCAUGUUCUCAAUCUGUCAAGAAAUGCUUUCACUGGACACAUCCCACCGUCUUUGGCUAACAUCACUGCACUGGAAUCACUGGACCUAUCCCAAAACAAGCUUUCUGGUGAGAUCCCUCCGACGCUCGGGGACCUCUCUUCUCUUGCGUGGAUAAAUGUUUCACAUAAUCAACUCCAAGGUUCAAUACCACAAGGUACACAGUUCCAGCGACAAAAAUGCUCUUCAUACGAGGGAAACCCCGGACUUUACGGUCCUUCCCUUAAGAAUAUUUGUGGAGAACCAACACCACCAGAAUCUGAAGUGCCAGUGUCAUCAGAAGAAGAAGAAGCAGAGAAGGAAAGUUUGAGUUGGAUUGCAGCAGGGUUAGGCUUUGCACCUGGAAUUGUAUUUGGAUUUACCAUCGGAUACAUAAUAGUUGGAUACAAGCAGGAGUGGUUUACCAAUACUUUUGGAAGAAACAAGAAACAUGGCACUCGUUAGCUUCUCACUCUCCUUAAGUUCUGUGUAUUAUAUAUAUCAAGAUGAAUAACCAUAAAUAGAACCUUGUCAAGGCCUCUUGAUCAGAGGACAAGGGCUUGGUUCUUUUUUGUGGGGGUUAAUAUGUUCCAUGUUUGUUUUGUGUGAACGCAUGUAAUACUAAGUACUUCCGUUAGGGUCAUAUAAAAGUUCCAUCUACGUCCUUUUUUUAA